GGCGCGGGGCGGCGCGGCCGCCGUCCGCUCCCAAGAUGGCGUCGCUGCUGCAGUCGGAGCGCGUGCUGUACUUGGUGCGCGGCGAGAAGGAGAUCCGCGCGCCGCUGUCGCAGCUCUACUUCUGCCGCUACUGCAGCGAGCUCCGCUCCCUGGAGUGCGUCUCCCACGAGGUGGACUCUCACUACUGCCCUAGCUGUCUGGAAAAUAUGCCAUCAGCUGAAGCCAAGCUGAAAAAGAAUAGAUGUGCUAACUGCUUUGACUGCCCCUGCUGCAUGCACACUCUUUCUACCCGGGCCACUAGCAUUCCUGCUCCGCUCCCUGAUGACCCAGCGAAAACUACCAUGAAGAAAGCAUAUUACUUGGCCUGUGGAUUUUGCCGCUGGACUUCCCGAGAUGUGGGCAUGGCAGACAAGUCUGUUGCUAGUGGUGGCUGGCAGGAGCCGGAAAAUCCUCACACACAGAGGAUUAACAAACUGGUUGAGUACUACCAGCAAUUGGCUCAGAAAGAGAAGAUUGAGCGGGAUCGGAAGAAGCUGGUGCGACGCAGAAACUACAUGCCACUGGCCUUUUCGGACAAAUAUGGCCUAGGAACCCGGCUUCAGCGCCAGAGAUCUGGAGCUCCUAUCAGUGCUCUCGCUGGACUCUCUCUGAAAGAAGGAGAGGACCAAAAGGAGAUCAAGAUUGAGCCAGCUGAUGCAGUAGAAGAAGUGGAACCCCUUCCUGAGGAUUACUACACAAGACCAAUCAACCUGACGGAAGUGACGACUCUGCGUCAGCGUCUGCUGCAGCCUGACUUCCAGCCAAUCUGUGCUUCCCAGCUCUACCCACGCCAUAAACACCUCUUGAUCAAACGUUCACUGCGCUGUCGGAAAUGUGAACAUAACCUGAGUAAACCAGAAUUCAAUCCAACAUCUAUCAAAUUCAAGAUCCAGCUGGUUGCUGUUAACUAUAUCCCUGAAGUGAGAAUCAUGUCCAUUCCCAACCUGCGCUACAUGAAGGAGAGCCAAGUUCUUUUGACUUUGACCAAUCCGGUGGAGAACGUCACACAUGUCACACUGCUGGAGUGCGAGGAGGGAGACCCUGAUGAUAUCAACAGUACUGCCAAGGUAGCAGUUCCUCCCAAGGAGCUUAUUCUGGCUGGCAAAGAUGCUGCAGCAGAAUAUGAUGAGCUGGCAGAGCCUCAAGACUUCCAGGAUGACCCUGACAUUAUCGCCUUCCGAAAAGCCAAUAAGGUAGGAGUUUUCAUCAAGGUCACUCCACAGAAAGAGGAGGGUGAAGUGACCGUGAGUUUUAAGAUGAAGCAUGAGUUUAAAAACCUUGCUGCUCCAAUCCGGCCCAGUGAGGAAAGCGAUCAGAGCUCUGAGGUCAUCUGGCUUACCCAUCACGUGGAGCUCAGCCUUGGUCCAGUGCUCCCAUAAACGCUCCCAACACCUGCAUCCCAAAGGCUGGCCACAGGAUAGACUGUCACAGUAGAAGAAUGCACCCUGGUGAGAAGUUCUGCAAGAGAUCCGCUGUGAUGUAUGGAUGUGUGCCACGGACUCCAGCCAAGCCACAAGGAGGAAGCUGCAUGGGUGUGGGCAAGGGUAUCAUGGUUUUGGUUGAUUUGUUCUUCUCCCUCCUCUUAUCAUAGUGCCCACUAACUACCACUCGUUUCCCCGCACUACUACAUGCUAGUUUAACUUACAGCACAUGUUUCAGCACAGAGAGAGAUUUGUCUUUCUCCAGAUCUGCACUACAUCUAUCUGAUUUUUUUUUUUUUAAUCAACAGAAAAGAACCUGUACUGGUCUUUGUCUUCAUCAUGUCAGCCCACAAAGUUACUGUUACAUAUUCAAUUAUGGAAUUCUUUUCCACACAGAGCUGUGCCCUUUCUGUGAAAACAUUUCAGGAGGUGACUAUGUCUGCUGCAUUAUAGUCAAGUCUCUCUUGCAGCCAAAUAUAUAUAUUUUUUUUCCUGCUUCCUAAUAGGAUCCUUCAAAUAAGUGUGGGGGACUCAAAGGUACAACUGUUUCUGCUGUUAUGAAGAGAAAAACCUUUGGCAUGUGUAGCUUGCUUAGCCAAGGUGAUAAAUCUGUCCUCACAAAUGAAAUGAUCACUUUGCCUUUAAACUCAAAACAUAGUAUACUGUAUUCAUGGAUUUGACUGGCAACCAGUCUCACUGCAAGCCUGUUUUAUUGCAAGAUGGAUUUGAUAGCAUAAUGCUUUACAAGUUAGGAAUCAAAUUCUGAUACAGUUCUUUACUGAGGCAAGGGUGUUUCUGCGAGGCUGCCUGGCAGUCGUCUUAUCAAUGAAAUUGUGCUGAUGAGGAUAGCAAACAGUAUGAAACUUGGAGUGUUUAGAUUAGGUCAUGUUAUAGUGGGAUAGGGAAAAAUGUAAAGGAGGAAAGACUGUUAUACUUUAACUAGCAUAUACUCUACCAUUAUAAAAUGAUAACUUACUCAUGGUGUAUCCGGGGUGUAAUUUGGCUGUAGUCCAAGCUAAAAGCAGUAGAUAAAAGGACAGGGUACCCGUGAUACUGGAUACCAGUAGUUACAAUAGCAUAGUGCUGCCAGGCAAGAUUCAUCUUCCUGCUGGGACUUCAGUUGUGUUCCCAAUUCAGGUGUUAACAUUUAAUUAAACACUUCUAAUAGUCUUUAAUAUGCUGGUGAUACUGGGAAAGGCUGAAAUACCAGUCAGUUAAGGUUUUAUUGCUUGAGGUUUAAGACACGGUCCUGCCAGUCUAAAGUUGUAAAGUGUGUGUAUGAGAGGACGGGAUCUUGCUGCCUCCUCUCCUAGUGAAGUAAUGAGAGCAGCAGAUAGGGCUCAGGGCACCUGAAAACGCAUCUCACCUAAAGCAAGAAAACUGCCUGUGGGUAUCCGGAGGGAUGGGUUUGACAGCUCUGCAAGGGAAGCUCACGUUACCUCCCUGUAGUGCAGUGGGUCUCAAAGCAGGGAGGUUUCCUGUUUACAGGUUUGCGUAGGCUAGACACAGACGUACAGCAUGAGUUGAAGUGUAGUUUGUAUUUAUUCUUAAUGUAUAGUGUUAGUAUCUGCUGCUGUUUUCCCUCUCAAGGUAACAAAACACUUGAGCUCUGGCCCUGAGUUCUCUUCAUUAGCCAAGCAGCUGACACCCCUCGCAGCACUAAGGAGGACGAGCAGGCUUUGGGACAAGCUGGUGGCUGAUGGGGCCUGUCGAACUGCACCUAGUUGCUCCUCUGGUAAAGGAGGAGUUUGAAAUUGGGAUUUUACUGUAUUCAGUUGGUUCUUUGGCUGUUAUUUAUGUUAUAGGAAGGUAAGAUGUGCUUGUGGGCCCUCAGUCGCUAGUUUGGAAAUUAAAGGGUGCAUUGAUGUUUUCUCUUUUGAACGGUUUAACUAGUCUGGUGCAUUUUCUUCCCCGUGUAGAUGCUUAUAGGAGCUAGGAAUAGCGUUUGCUGUGUCCUUAUGUCUGUCUGCGCGGAAGUGCCUGGCCGCGCUCUGCCUCCAUCCGUGUCCGCCCCUUACUGACGGGCGCCUGUGUUGCCUUAUCGCGUAACUUCGUGUAGUGAAUUCCAAUAAAGCAAAGUUGGCUCUCU